AUGGUUGGCCGACGUUUGACCUAUGGCAACGAAUGUGGAGAUUAUGAGGACAAGAAGCAAGGAGAAGUGUCACGUCUUGCAGAGUCAACUUCUGAUGUUGCACAGAUGAACAGUCUAGAUUUCAUUUCACCAAGUGUCCUGUCUGAAGAUGCAGUUGUAAUUGUUGGUAAAGGUGUUUUUGGAAGUCCUCCUUCUGCACCAACAAACAGCCAGUCCAUAACAUGUGUAGUGAAUGGGGAUGACCAAGCUGUCAAGGAGGGAACUGAGCCAUCGUCAGGGAUCUGUGGGAGAAGCAUCCGGCAGAACAGUGCUUCCCGUUGCCAUGUUGAGAAUGAACAAGAGAUAAAAGUUGUCAUGUCAAAAUCUGCCCAGGAUAAGAUAAGGCAGAAGAAAAAAGGAAAAGAACACACUCAUGAAGAGCAUCAGGAAGUUAAAGACCUCAAAGGAAAGGAAGAAAACCCUUGGGAAAGACUUCAGCUGAAUGAAUGGGAGAAAAUGACAACAGAAAAUGAAAUUUCUCUUGGGGCACGAGGAGGCUCUAAAGACCAGACUCCCUCAGUCACUCAUAGCCCAGAAAUAAAGGAUGCAUCAGAACUGCAGCCCUUUUCAAAACCAGAAGCGGCACUGACAGAAGCCUUGACACUUCUAGCUGAUGGUGUCUGGGAGAAGAAAAUGGAAGGUCUGAACUUUGUUAGAUGCUUGUCUGCCUACCACGCGACUCAUCUGACUGGAAAGCUACAUGAAAUAAGUUCGGCUGUGGCUCAAGAGGUCAAGAAUUUACGCUCCACCGUGUCUCGAGCUGCUGUGGUCUGUUUAGGGGAUUUGUUCACCUACCUGAAAAAGAGCAUGGAUCAAGAACUAGAUAAUACAGUAAAAGUCCUUUUGCACAAAGCUGGUGAAUCCAACACAUUUAUAAGGGAAGAGGUAGACAAAGCCCUGAAGGCUAUGGUUAAUAAUGUGACUCCAGCACGUGCACUUUGUUCUCUCAUAAAUGGAGGGCAAAGGUAUUACGGUCGAAAGAUGCUCUUCAGUAUGAUGACUUGUCCCGAUUUUGAGAAAACGCUUGAAGAGUAUGUGCCAACCAAGGAUUUGCCUUACAUUAAGGAAUCUGUUAGGAAUCUACGUGAAAAGGGUUUGGGGGAGAUGCCUUUAGAGACACCUUCAGCAAAAGGAAGACCUUCCCAUACUAGUACAGUUGGACAUUUGAAGUCAUCAUCUACUACCAGAGAUGCUCUCAACAUCGCUGACGGAGAGACUGCAGAAGCCCGUGAAGUCACGAGAAAAGCAGCUCCUCGUAAUUCACUAGAAAGCGAAGAGUAUGUUAAAGACAUUCUGGGUUUACUGAAUGCAAAAGACUUCCGUGAUCGAGUAAAUGGCAUUAAGCAGCUGUUAUCGGAUACAGAGAACAAUCAGGGCUUUGUGGUUGCAAACAUUGUGAAGAUCUUUGAUGCUUUCAAGUCUCGCUUACAUGACUCAAACAGUAAAGUUAAUCAAGUUGCUUUGGAGACAAUGCACAAGAUGAUUCCAUUGCUGAAAGACAAUUUAUCACCUGUGAUCAACAUGUUAAUUCCUGCCGCGGUAGACAACAACCUGAACUCCAAAAAUCCAGGGAUUUAUGCAGCUGCCACGAACGUCAUUCAGGCUCUGUGUCAACACUUAGACAACUAUUUGCUCCUCCAGCCAUUCUGCGCAAAAGUUCGGUUUCUGAAUGGAAAAGCAAAACAAGACAUGACAGAAAAGCUUGCUGAUCUUGUCACGGAGUUAUACCCACGGAAGCCUUAUGCCGUGGAGCAGAAAGUUCUGGUUGUCCUUUGGCACCUCCUGGGAAACAUGAGGAACAGCGGCUCUUUGCCUGGAGCCGGAGGAAAUCUCCGCACAGCCACAGCGAAGUUAUCAAAAGCACUUUUUGCGCAGAUGGGUCAACGUCUGUUCACUCGCGCUGCAUCUCAGCCACCGCACAUCAAGAAGAGUUUAGAAGAAUGUUUGGAGAUGGCAACCUGA